AUCCCUGCUGGGCAUCUAUAAACAGGGGGAUUCUGAUCUGUGAUGAGUGCUGUAGUGUUCAUCGAAGUUUGGGGCGUCAUAUCUCCCAAGUGAGACAUCUCAAGCAUACGCCGUGGCCUCCAACACUGCUGCAGAUGGUUGAAACACUGUAUAAUAAUGGUGCUAACUCCAUAUGGGAACAUUCAUUGCUGGACCCUGCCUCUGUUAUGAGUGGAAGGCGCAAAGCUAGCCCACAAGAUAAAGUGCAUCCCAAUAAAGCAGAAUUCAUUAGAGCUAAAUAUCAAAUGUUAGCAUUUGUUCAUCGCUUGCCGUGCCGCGAAGAUGACAGUGUUACCGCCAAAGAUCUUAGUAAGCAACUCCAUUCCAGUGUAAGGACAGGGAAUCUGGAGACGUGUUUGCGAUUGCUCUCCUUAGGAGCUCAAGCCAACUUCUUUCAUCCAGAGAAAGGAAACACCCCGCUCCAUGUGGCUGCCAAGGCAGGACAGACUUUACAAGCAGAAUUAUUAGCGGUUUAUGGUGCUGAUCCUGGCACGCAAGAUUCCAAUGGAAAAACUCCAGUUGACUAUGCAAGACAAGGUGGGCAUCAUGAACUGGCAGAGCGCCUGGUGGAAAUUCAGUAUGAACUCACAGACAGGUUAGCUUUCUAUCUCUGUGGCAGGAAACCAGAGCAUAAAAAUGGACAGCACUUCGUUAUACCUCAGAUGGCAGACAGCAGUCUAGAUUUAUCAGAACUUGCAAAAGCAGCUAAGAAGAAGCUUCAGUCUCUAAGCAACCACUUAUUUGAAGAACUUGCCAUGGAUGUCUAUGAUGAAGUUGACAGGAGGGAAACAGAUGCAGUUUGGCUUGCUACUCAGAAUCAUAGUACACUUGUGACAGAGACCACAGUGGUCCCUUUCCUUCCUGUGAAUCCUGAAUAUUCCUCAACCAGGAAUCAGGGAAGGCAGAAACUGGCUCGAUUUAAUGCCCAUGAAUUUGCUACGCUAGUUAUAGAUAUUUUAAGUGAUGCCAAACGAAGACAACAGGGGAAUCCUCUCACUGGCUCAAAAGAAAACGUGGAAUUGAUACUCAAAUCAAUCAGCAAUCAACAUAGUAGUGAAAGUCAGGAUAAUGACCAGCCGGAUUACGACAGCGUUGCUUCAGAUGAAGAUACAGAUCUGGAAACAAAUGCAGCUAAAUCAAACAGACAGAAGAGCCUGGAUUCCGACUUGUCAGAUGGACCAGUGACAGCCCAGGAAUAUCUGCAAGUUAAAAAUGCAUUGGUAGCUUCUGAGGUGAAGAUUCAGCAGUUAAUGAAAGUGAACAUCAACUUGAGUGAUGAGCUGAGAAUCAUGCAGAAAAAGCUUCAAACGCUACAGAGUGAAAAUACCAACCUCAGAAGACAGGCCACAACCAAUAUAUAUCAGGUCCAAACUGGUUCUGAAUACACAGACCCUUCCAACAGUUCUUCCUUAAAGCGGCGACCAUCUGCACGAGGUAGCAGACCCAUGUCCAUGUAUGAGACUGGAUCAGGUCAGAAACCCUACCUCCCCCUGGGAGAGGUCACAUACCCAGAAGAAAGCAUAACAAGACUGCAGCCUUUCCCUCCACAUAUCGGGAGGAGUGCGUUUGUGACCUCCUCUUCAUCUCUACCUUCCUUCCCCUCCACGCUUUCCUGGUCAAGGGAUGAAAGCACACGAAGGGCCUCGAAGCUGGAGAAGCAGAGCAGCGUCUCUGAGAGCGACUACGAUAACCCCACCACCCCUCUGGAGCUGGAGGAGACAGGGUCAGGCAGGAAGGGCCGGCAGAGGAGUGUCAUUUGGCAGGGGGAGGGAUCCAUCCCUGAAGAUGCCGACACAGCCCCCAGCUCCAGUUUGCCCAGUACAGAAGAUGUGAUUCGGAAAACUGAGCAGAUCACCAAGAAUAUUCAGGAGCUGCUGCGAGCAGCACAAGAGAACAAGCAUGACAGCUAUAUACCAUGCUCGGAGAGAAUACAUGUGGCAGUAACAGAAAUGGCAGCUUUGUUCCCAAAAAAACCCAAAUCUGAGCUGGUAAGGACUUCUUUGCGUCUGCUGACAUCUAGUGCCUACAGACUCCAAUCCGAGUGCAAAAAAACCCUUCCUAUGGAGACGUGCCCCACGACGGACAUCCAGCUGGUCACACAGCAGGUCAUCCAGUGCGCCUACGACAUUGCCAAGGCUGCCAAACAGCUGGUCACCAUCACAACCAAAGAGAACAACAAUUGAGUCCAGCUUGGCUUUUUAGUCUUGUUUUUUAAAGGUUGAAUUUCAAAUAUAGGUGUGGAACUAUUCACAUUUUUAUGAGAAAAACUAAAGGGGCAAGAAACCUUUUUUAAAAAAAAAACCUCAGUAUUAUUUUUGCAUGUUUUCUAACAAUUUUAUGAUUAAUUUAACCCACUGCCUUAUUUUGUGCCUGUGUUGCCAGUUUAGUUACAGAUAAUAGCAUGUUGCAAUAGCUGUCGAGCCAAUAUCACCUCCCAACGUUGUAUCAAGCUCUUGCUAGAUGUUUCCCUGGGGCCACGUUCUGCUUUCAGAUAUCGCUUGGAAAACUGCUGAAGUCGGCUGCAUGUGUCAGAGGGCAGACUCUCGCCUCUGCUCUGUCUGUCCUGGAGCCUCACGUGCCACGAUGCUGCUGACCCAGAAACCUGCAGCCAAACAGGCUCCGAAGGCUCCCGGAGCGUCACUGCUGCCCAGCAGGAAGACCGUCGUAGUCCUGAGAGUGGAGUACGAGCUGAGUAUUAUCUGUUCCCAUAUCAACUGUUGUGCAAUAAUGUUUUUAGUCUGCUAAAACAAUAGUAGUUGUGGGCAUCCCAGCUUAUUCCAUGUAACUGUACAAGGUCUUUGUCACUUUAUCUGUUUUGGAAGGAAUUUGAAACUUAAUAGUUCUAUUAUUUCUUUUAGUUGUCACUAUGCCAUUAAUAUAUGUUUGAUGUUACUUUAGGGCAUUAGUGGUUAAGAUAUUAUCCUUUGUUUCUGAUUUAAUUAUUGAUUCUUAAGUUUCCUACAGAAUUUUGUCAUCUUCAAGGCACCAUCUUGUUUGCAGCAGCAUUG